AUGUGGGACGGGGACACAGCCAGGACCGGGGAGGGGGCUGUCCCAGGGCUGGGAGUGGUCCUGGUCCCUGACACCACCCUUGCUCCUCACCCCCAGCCCCAGACCUGGAGCGAGGGGGGGGUUGUAGGGGGGCAUGAGGCCCCCAGGAGGAAGUGGCCCUGGCAGGUGAGCCUGCGGGAGGAUACCGAGUACUGGAAACACGUCUGUGGGGGCUCCCUCGUGCACCCUCAGUGGGUGCCGACCGCAGGGCACUGUGUCGGACCGAAAGUCAGGGACCCCUCGAUGCUCAGGGUGCAGCUGCGGGAACAGCACCUGUACUGCCAUGACCAGCUUCUGCCCGUCAGCAGGGUCAUUGUGCACCCCAACUUCUACACCGCGGAGAGGGGCGGUGACAUCGCCCUGCUGGAGCUCCAGGACCCGGUGAACAUCUCCAGCCACGUGCAGCUGGUCACCCUGCCCCCCACCUCCGAAACCUUCCGGUUGGGGAUGCAAUGGUGGGUGACCGGUGGGGGCGAUAUGGGCAAUGAUGAGGCCCUGCCACCAUCCUUGCAGCAGGUGAAGGUCCCCAUUGUUGAAAACAGACUUGACUUCAACGGCCACACUAGUCUCCCCACUGCAGACAGCAUCCUCAUCACUCACGAUGCCAUGAUGCGUGCUGGGGACACCCAGAGGGACUCCUGCCACGACGACUCCGGAGGGCCUCUGGUCUGUCUGAUGGAUGGCACCUGGGUGCAGGCAGGUGUGGUGAACUGGGGUGAGGGCUGCGGCCGUCCCGACCGGCCUGGUGUCUACACCUUGGUCCCCGCCUACGUGAACUGGAUCCGCCUCCACAUCCCAGCAGCUCAGAGCUCGGGGCUAACCCCACUGCCUCUCCUGGGGGGCUUCUUCCUUCCCGGCCUCCUCCUCCUCCUCGUCUUCUGUGUCCUGGUGGCUAAAGUCUGGGUCAGCCAGCCCAGCUGGGUAGAGCCUCUGCGGGGAGCGUGGCCUGCCGACGCCCCUAAUUUGGGCGUCAAGCCUCCAGACCUCAAGAGGAUGGACGUGCGCUGUCCUAAGUCCCCCACCUUGUGGUUCUUGGUCGCGGCGGCAGCCUGGAAAACUGACCACACCACGCACGUAAAAGGAGCGAGGGCAGAGACCACGACGGCCGCCCAGCCACCCUCCGUGCAGAGCGCACCGGCCGUGACUGGACAGCCGCCCUCGGCGAGGGCUGGGGGAGCCUCCGGGCUGGACCCCACCCUGGUCUGGGCUGCUGCACUGUAUACCAGAUGCAUCUCAGUGGGGAACCGGGCUGGGCCGCGGCCCUGCCACCCCGACGACACACAGCAGCCCGGAGGCAUGCGUGUCCCACUUGGCGCGCUGGAGAGGGGGUACUCCAGUGGCCACCGCGCAGCAGGGCAGAGGGGAGGGUGGCUGGCUGCUGGAGGCCCCACUGCCGCCCUGGGGGUGCAGCUGGCACUGUGGGCUACUUCUCCGCCACAGAACUUUCUGGACCACCGCUGGGCAGAGACACGGCAGCCCCACCAAGGCUACGGGUCCUCCCUGGAGGAGGGACGCAGCUGGGAAGAGGCGGCUUCACCCCAGUGCUCUCUCCAAGGCAGGCCAGCCUCCUCCAGACAGCAGCCGCACGCCCCACGCUCGUACUGCAGUCCACACAACACGUUUCUUAAAUAA